UUUAAAGAAAAACAAUGGCCACGUCGUUGCGUGAUGACGUCAGCAGGGAGUCAUUAACAUGGCGUCUUUUCUCCUGAGUUAGCGGCGGACGGCAGACGCUCAGCGAAGCGGCGCACAGACGGCGACGAAUAACUGAUUUUUGACUAACAACAACCUCCUAACGUCCACGUUUGCUUCCGCCGACUUGUUCGUCGCGACUGGGACACCAUAGGCGACUCUUGGCCGCAUGGAGUUAGUGUUGGAAAAGUCGCUGAGGCGUUUUGUGGACAAGAGAGCUGCUAGCUAAUGUUAGCUGGCUGCAGCUGUGGACUCCCAAGGGCUCAAGCUCACUAUUGUGGUCCACUCGCGGAGGAAACAACUUCACCCUUUUUUUUUAACAAUGGGCCUCAUAUUCGCCAAACUAUGGAGCUUCUUCUGUAACCAAGAGCACAAGGUGAUCAUCGUUGGCCUUGACAACGCUGGGAAGACGACAAUCCUCUACCAGUUUCUCAUGAACGAGGUGGUCCACACGUCUCCAACCAUCGGGAGCAACGUAGAGGAGAUUGUGGUGAAGAACACUCACUUCCUCAUGUGGGACAUUGGAGGCCAGGAGUCACUCAGGUCCUCGUGGAACACAUACUACUCCAACACAGAGUUUGUCAUCCUGGUGGUGGACAGCACAGACCGGGAGCGUCUGGCCAUCUCCAAAGAGGAACUCUACAGGAUGUUGGCUCAUGAGGACCUGAGGAAAGCAGCUGUGUUGAUAUUCGCCAAUAAGCAGGACAUGAAGGACUGCAUGUCAGCAGCGGAGAUCUCCAAGUACUUGACGCUGAGCUCCAUCAAAGACCACCCCUGGCACAUCCAGUCCUGCUGCGCACUGACAGGAGAAGGACUUUGUCAGGGUUUGGAGUGGAUGACAUCCCGAGCCGGACUGAGAUAGCCCACCCCAGUCUUCAAAGACGUGAGCCUGCCCCACACAUUUGUUUCAGACAGCAGCGUGGACCAUUUGCUGCUCGUCUGGGAAACUUCACACAAAAACCAUCAGGAGCAAAGGACAAGGAUUUAAGAUUAUAACACACCUGCACCACACUUUGUUUUUUCAAACGUUCAGGGUCAAACAAAAAGGGACGUUGCUAAUAUGUCAAGACAAAGAUCAUCAUUGCACACUACUUCACCCCAAAUGAACUGGCAUCUUUUUAUUUUUUUUCUCUUGAAUCGGUCAAACCAGCCUUCAUCGGCGGAUGGAUCAUUUUUAAUGACAGUAUUUGAAAAUGUAUUUAGCUAGUUGUUUUUUAAAGAGAAAUGGUGCUCUUGCAUGCGUGCAUUAUUCCCACUUUUCUAGCAAGGUCAGGAAGUGACGUCAGUAUUUGAGCCACAGGUGAAGAUCAGCCUUAACCACCUUUUGACGUGUUACAUGUUUGAUUUCAUUAAACCUUCUUGAGCCGUGA